AAGGCUAUCAGGAAAUGUUUGCCAUGUAGCAAGCAGAGUUUGGGCCCCGUGGGCCUAAGCUUUGUUCCUGUAAGAAAAAGGGGGACAGAAUCGCUCGUAAAAGAAGGGGAGGAGACAGCACAUGAUUACAGUCCCUGGUCAAGAUGAAGGACAACUAUAGAAUGCCAAGGAAGCUGGUAUGGUUGCUAACCAGCUUGCUCCUGCUCUUUAUUCCACAAGCACUUGCUCAGAACCCUGGAGUCAUCCAAAUCAGUCCAGAAAAAGGAGGAGAUUACUGCUUUCUCUUCCCUUCACAAUGGAUGAAAUCCCAUCAGGAGUGGAACAAAACCAACAUUCACUGGCUCAAUACUGAACCAUCAGCACAGAACAUCACUUACGCAGCCAUGUGUUGCCUUCCUACAUUCUUCGGGGAGGAUUACACUGAUGGUGGUGGAUUCAGCACAAGAAUUGUGUCUGUGAGGGAGGGAAACUGCAAUCUCUUUGAGAGUGCCAGACUCCAUCAAACAAACAGAACCCAUGGGCUCUUGACUCUUGGUGGAGAUGCGCCAUAUCCCACAAGAAGCUGGAGAUCUGGAUACAACUGGGGUCACUGUGAAGAGAUCACUGUGCCAGGGAUUCUGCUCAGUGAUGUAGACAUUCUCUACUUACUGUUCAAAAACUUGAUCAGGGACCUGCUAUACAAAACUGGGAUCAUCUAUCUGAUGUCAAUGGCUAUAGUCAUGAUAGGAAGUUGCUGGGCAGGAAGCACAGAGAAGAAAAAGCAACAAUAUAUUGAAAGCCAAACAGAAGAAGAUUUUGGUGAGAUAACAAUGGACACAAACAUCUACUUCACAUGUACUUCCACAGUAAUGGCCACGUUCAUACUUCUUGCUCUCUACUUCUUCUAUGAUUACUUGGUGCAUGCAAUGAUUAGCGUUUUCUUUCUAUAUGCGUCUUUCAGCCUAUAUGGUUGUUUGAUUCCGAUUGUGAGAAAGCUCCCAUUUGGAAAACAUGUAAUCCAUUUUCCAUAUUUUCAGAAAGAUCUAGAGAUCAGAACAUUGCUUCUGGUAGUAUUAUGCAUGUCUGUCAAUGUAGUCUGGGUAGUCUGCAGAAAUGAGGAGUGGGGCUGGGUUUUGCAAGACAUCUUAGGAAUUUCUAUUGGCAUUUACAUUCUGAGAACAGUUCACAUACCUACCUUAAAGAACUGUAGCUUGUUUCUGCUGGCUCAUCUGUUUUAUGAUGUACUUUGUCUGUUCGCCACCCCUUUUCUAACCAAAACUGGAAGGAGCAUCACGGACAUAACAGCAUUUAGGUCCUCCGAUUCUGAAGCAAUCCCCUUUCUGUUAGAGGUACCAAUAUUACCUUCAACAUCAUUUCCAGAUGGCAGUUCUUUUACUGCUGUAGGUCUUGGAGAUAUUGUACUUCCUGGUUUCCUGGUAACCUACUGCCACAGAUUUGACAUUCAAGUCAACUCGUCAGGGGUUUAUUUUCUAGCUUCCACUCUGGCCUACAGCUAUGGUCUUUUGAUGACUUUUGUAGCAGCAACAUUAUUGCAGACAAGUCAAUCGACUCUCCUGUACUUAGUGCCCUGUAUACUCAUCACUAGUCUUGCUGUUGCUGUUGCUCGCAAGGAGGUGAUUAUUUUUUGGGCAGGUGUGGAUUCUGCUGAUAACCUGCCUCAUCCUCCUUCACAAAGAGUCACCAAUCACUCAGAGACAUUAAAAAAUGAAGAGGGAGAACACUGUCAACAAAGCAGGGGAAAACAAAUAAGCAACAUCACAUUCCACCAAGAAGAACUUAACAGUUCCAGCACAUUCACAGAAGAGUUAUCUGACCUGGAGACACAUACUGAGGAGAUGUUUAACUACAUGCCAAGUCAUGAUGAACUAGCCAGUCAACACGACGACUCCAAAAAAGAAGAGACCCUAGAAGAAUAGUCAUUCUGGGACAGAAGAGGAAACAACUUAUCACGUGCAUACCAUGGGAACAACCUAUGCAACAAACAGUUCACUUCAAGUUGAUCAAAUUCAAGACCAUUAAAUCUCAUUUGGGAAAUAGAACAACAUUGUAUCCCUU